ACGACAGACUCACGAGACGGAAAAAAAGGCCUCCCGCUUGCAGUGGACGCACGCGAUUCUUGAGCAACAAAACCCCUCGGUCACCCAUCCCUUCAGGUUUCUGCUCCAGUGAGGGCAAAACGUCGACUCAAAUCAGCUCGUGAAUUCAGCGGAAAAAAAUGCUGCCGUUGCUUCUGCUGUUGUUUGCCAUCGUUUCCAACGCCUCAGUUUCAGCCCAGAGCCAUGAGUGCGAACGUACAUGCAUUCCUGGAGACAUCAGAACGUGCGCCUAUGAAUUCCACCUGCAAGAAUACCAUACCCUGAGUCGCGCUUGCUUUAAUUGUCCAAGCAACCUGACAGACUGCACCAGACCGGAAUGUAUCGCUGCAGAUGGAGUCCGCAGACCCCUGCUUGCAAUCAAUCGCAUGCUUCCCGGACCAUCGAUCAAUGUAUGCGAAGGCGACCGUGUCGUCGUCGAUGUCUACAACGGACAACUCAGCGACGUCGAGACAAUCCACUUCCAUGGUCAGCACAUGAAAGGGCACCAAUAUUAUGACGGAGCACCUUUUGCCACGCAAUGCCCCAUCGUAGCACCUUUCCGUUAUGACUUCGUCGCCAACAAUCCGGGCACUACCUUCUGGCACUCUCACUCAGGUAUGCAUCGGGCAGAGGCCAUCUACGGUGCCAUGGUUGUACGUCAAGUAGAAGACCCUCAAGAGGGGACUUACGACGUAGACAUCACCGAUCACACACUCAUAGUUCAAGACUGGUUCCACAGGAGCGCUUUGGAGGUCUUCACCAGCAGAAUGCAUGGUCAGACAUUCCCGGUGAUUAACAGCAUCCUCGUCAAUGGGAGAGGAUGGAACACAUAUGCUGAGAAAGAGGGACUGCCGAAAUACGAAAUGCCCCUGACAGUCGUCAACAUGAAGAAGGGUUUGAGACAUCGCGUGCGUCUAAUACAAGCUGGUGGGUCUUGCCCAAUCAUGGUCAGCGUUGACAACCACACAAUGACUGUCAUUGCUUCUGACGCUCAGAACAUUGAGCCUCUGACGGUGACCAGUCUGGUUAUGUACUCAGGUGAAAGGUUUGACGUAGUUAUCGAAACAGACCAAGAGGUGGCCAACUACUGGAUAAGGUUCACUGGAAUACUGGACUGCUUGUUUUCCCAGCCUAUACAAGGAGCAAUCCUUCGUUAUGAAGGCGCGCAUGACCAACUGCCGAAGGAGAUCCUUCUGUUUAAUCCUGAUUAUCCCCCUGGAGUAGUGCUGAAUCCACUGAAUUCUAUCGGAGGCCCUGAACAAUUGACUGUGAUGGACAUGACUGCCCUGGAACCCUAUACUGUGCCCGACGCGGUGGACAAGCAAUUCUAUCUGGCAUUUGACUUCAAAGAAGUCAACAACACUGCUCUGUACAGCGAAGAUUAUUAUCCAUACAGUGGUGUCGAUAGGUCGUGGAAAGUACGAACACCUCAGGUCAAUGGGAUUACAUUCAUCCCCCCAUAUUCUCCACCGUUGUCUCAGCCUGAGGAACCUCAGCCAACCGUUUGCAUCCAUGGAGAGGAUAUUUCCCCUUUCUGUCAAGGAGACUUCUGUUCGUGCUCUUACGUCUUCAACGUCGCCCUUGGGGAGUCGGUCGAGCUGGUCUUGAUCGACGAGGGCACCUUCGGCGUCGAUAACCACCCCUUCCACAUGCACGGGCACAGCUUCAGCGUCGUGGCCAUGGGGAAGGUCGGCGAAGUAACAACAGCUGAAGAAGUUGCCAAUCUGGAUUCUCAAGGCCUGAUCGAACGAAGGCUCGAGAGUCCUGCAUUAAAGGACACUGUCAACAUUGUUGAUGGAGGAUACACUAUCGUCAGGUUUAAGGCCGAUAACCCAGGCUACUGGUUAAUGCACUGCCACUUGAUCCUCCACUCCGAGGCGGGAAUGGUUGCUAUCCUGCACGUGGGCGAACAGUCGGAUCUACCUCCAGUUCCAGAAGGAUUCCCGACCUGCAAAAAGUUUAUGACAGAAAUCUAGUUAAAACGAACACUUUAUAUGCUAUAUUUUUUGCUAAUGAGCUCUCAGUGCUAAACAACUCGUCUAUGACAUUACUAUCUUUGUGUAACUCUGCACCAGAUUAAAAGAGAAGCUUUGAGAAUUUUACAA